AUGGUUCACAUUAUCCUACGUGUCACAAUUGUGAUCUUCCCAGUAGUCCGAGCUCGCGGGCACCAGCCCCGAAGCGGCUCCGGGGGCCCCCGCAGCCCCUCGCUGCCCGCGGCGGGCUUCCCGGCGGCGCCGCCCCCUCCCCCCGCGUGCCCCGCGUCUGCGGAGCACCUGGGGGGCACCUGGGUUGCACCUGGGUUGCACCUGGCGGGCCAAUCGCGGAGAUUGCCCGGGGCUGGAGGCCCCCGCGGCGGGCGGGCGGGCGAGCGUCCCCGCCAAUCGGCUCCCGCCCGGGGCCCUGGGGUAUUUGGGGCGGCCUCGGGGGCGGCCUCGGCCGGGGAAGCGUGGCGGAUGGCGGGCUGCGGGUACCCGGCGUGCGCCCCCCGCGCGUCCCCGUCCCCGUCGCCGUCCUUCCCCGGCUGCGGGCAGCUCCCGGCCGCCGCGGGCCUCGACGGCUACCAGCGGGCGCAGCUCGUGGCCCUCCUGUCGCAGGUGAGCCCGCGGCCUCGCGGCGCCGGCAGCAGGGACGCGGCCGUGCAGGUGAACCCGCGCCGCGACGCGUCGGUGCAGUGCUCGCUCGGGCGGAGCCGCCUGCCGCGCGGGGCCCGCGACCCCGGUGUCCCGGCCGGGCCCGGCCUGGGGGGCGCGGGGGGCGCCUCGUCGUCCCCGCAGCCGGAGCAGGGCCGCCCCCCGCGCCCCCCGCGGCCCCCGCGCACCGCCGCCGUGUACUCGUCCGUGGCCUCCCGGCCCCUGCCCACCUGCCCGCACCCGCCCGACGGCGCGGAGGACCAGGAGGACGAGGACGAGGAGGAGGAGGAGGGGGACUCGGCGAGGAAGGCGCCCCCGCGGCCCGGAGAGGAGGCCGGGGGAGGCCAGGCGGCCCCGGACGCCGAGGGCCCGAGGUCGUCGCCGCGGAGCCCCGAGCCCGCCACCGAGCGGCCGCGCUUCCAGGGGCGAGCUGGGCCUCGAGCCCGCUUUUCUCCAGGAGCUGGAACGAAGCGGCCAAUUGAAGUAGCAGAUGGACCCCUCCCAGCCUGUGAGAUGAAGGGGACUCAGGGGUCCCAGGAGCUAAACCCUGGUGACUCGUCUGGUUUUGUCCAGUUCUUAGAGCAGAAGUACGGCUAUUACCACUGCAAGGACUGCAACAUCCGAUGGGAAAGUGCCUACGUGUGGUGCGUGCAGGGCACCAACAAGGUGUAUUUCAAGCAGUUCUGCAGAACUUGCCAGAAGUCUUAUAACCCUUACCGGGUGGAGGAUAUCACCUGCCAAAGCUGUAAACAGACUAGAUGCUCCUGCACAGUAAAACUCCGCCACGUUGACCCCAAAAGGCCCCAUCGUCAAGAUUUGUGUGGGAGAUGCAAAGGCAAACGCCUAUCCUGUGACAGCACUUUCAGCUUCAAAUAUAUCAUUUAAAUGAAUGUU